ACUCUGCCUUCUAAUUCACGAACCCACACUCACCAAACUCCACAAAGCAAAUAGCCAUUUCUAGUUUGAUGAGAGGUCCCUUUUGAUACGGUACAAUACAAUACAAUCCCUUCUCAUUCUCUUUCUUCCUCUGCAUCUUGCAGAUUCAUCUUCCCAAACCCCACUAUGGAGGCAUUGUACUUCCUGGUAUUUGGUGCCUUGGCGGUCGUUGUGGCAACAUUGGAACUCAGCAAAUCCAGUAAAGAUCGCAUCAACACCUCCCCUGCUUUCAAUGCUUUCAAAAACAACUACCUUGUUGUUUAUUCUCUUAUGAUGGCCGGGGAUUGGUUGCAGGGCCCAUAUGUUUACUAUCUCUACAGUCAGUAUGGAUUUGGAAAGGGGGAGAUUGGGCAGCUCUUCAUUGCUGGUUUUGGAUCUUCUAUGUUGUUUGGAACAAUUGUUGGAUCUCUGGCAGACAAAAAGGGCCGAAAGAGAGCAUGUGUCACUUACUGCAUCACCUACAUACUGAGCUGCAUCACCAAACAUUCUCCUCAGUACAAGGUUCUAAUGCUGGGCCGAAUAUUGGGCGGAAUUGCAACGUCUCUUCUCUUUUCAGCAUUUGAGUCUUGGCUUGUAGCAGAACACAAUAAGAGGGGUUUUGAUCAACAGUGGCUUUCAGUAACAUUCUCUAAGGCAAUAUUCCUUGGAAAUGGCUUAGUUGCCAUUUUAUCUGGGUUGGUUGGUAACAUACUGGUAGAUAAUUUGGCCUUAGGUCCUGUUGCUCCAUUUGAUGCUGCAGCUUGCUUGCUUGCAAUUGGCAUGGCAAUCAUAUUGUCAUCGUGGUGUGAAAAUUAUGGAGAUCCUUCAGAAACCAAGAACUUGCUGACACAAUUCAGGGGUGCUGCAGCUGCCAUUGCUGCUGAUGAGAAGAUUGCAUUGCUGGGUGCCAUACAAUCGCUAUUUGAAGGUUCAAUGUACACCUUUGUGUUCCUCUGGACUCCUGUAUUGAGCCCCAAUGACGAGGAUAUUCCACAUGGUUUCAUUUUUGCAACAUUCAUGUUGUCUUCAAUGCUAGGAAGCUCCAUUGCAUCACGACUGCUGGCUCGUGGAACUCCCAAAGUGGAGAGCUAUAUGCAGUUUGUUUUUUUGUUAUCUUCUUCUUCCCUCUUGCUUCCAGUUAUAACAAAUUUUGUGGUAGUUCCUUCUGGUGUGAAAGGUGGAAGCAUCUCAUUCUCUGGGUGUAUCCAACUUAUUGGUUUCUGCACAUUUGAAGCAUGUGUGGGGAUAUUCUGGCCAUCCAUCAUGAAGAUGAGGUCGCAAUACAUUCCAGAGGAGGCUCGAAGCACGAUUAUGAACUUUUUUCGCAUUCCUCUCAACAUCUUUGUUUGUGUUGCAUUGUAUAAUGUAAAAGCAGUUCCCAUGACUGUCAUGUUUGGCAUGUGCUCGAUUUUUCUUUUUGUUGCAUCUUUAUUACAGAGGCGUCUUAUGGUGAUUGCAGAGAUCCAAAAGUCAAAAUCACAAGAGUGGACAUCAAUGAAUGAGAGGAGCAUUGAGGCAGAGCCAUUAAACAUUUAGCUGAUUUCAGAGGAAUAAACCUACUGAUCAUUUUAAAGGUUGCAAGCUUCCACUUUCUCUAUUGUAGAUUUCACUGCCUGCAACCCAAUCCAUAAGAAAGGAGUAGAUGCUGAGUCCUGCUUGCUAAGAUGGUGGAAACCAUGCUGCUGCCGGAAUAGAAAGCAAGACACAGAAGGAAAGUAUCGCGUUCAGGUUGUUUUCUUGCAAUAUAUGCCAGUUGGUGAUGCUGAAUAACGUAUCAGUUUUUUUUCCCACUUUUGUUAACGUAGAAAUUCUAAUAUCUAAGACACUUUCAGGAAUUACAGAUAAUUAUAAAAAGACGUUUCAUUACAUUGGUUAGUUGCUCUGUAAUUUCCUUAAUCCCUAUUUACUUGUUAUCAAAAACAAUGUGAAAUCUAAUUCUCUAAUAAUUAAUUUAACUUCUU